CUGAAACUCUGAAAGGCAACCCAGAAAUACCGCAAAAAACCAACCAAAAAAAAAAAAGAAAACUCUGCUAAAGAUGCCGCGCGAGCCGCUACAAAGACGCAACGUGUUCCGCCUCAGCCGGCUGUGGAUGCUACCGUUGUUGGGCUUGUGCCUGGCCAGCUUUGGCCUGCGCUGCGAUGCGCGUGCGGUGAACGUGAGCAACACCUGGACCAUGCCGCAGGAGGGCUUGAAUGUGUUCUAUCGUUUCUUUCGUGAUCGCAUCUCCUGGUUCGAGGCGGACGCCGUUUGCCAGUUCCAUCAUGCCAAUCUGGUGACAGUCGACAACAGUUUUCAAUUUGAUGCAACUCGCGACCUGCUGCGGGAAUUGGAUGUGAACGACAUCGUUUGGAUUGGACUCAUGCGGCCGCAGAACUCGGAUCGCUUCAUGUGGUCCAACUCACGACCCUUGGUGGUGGACACCGGCUACUGGGCGGAGUCGUUGCCGCUGAUGGACGCGCCUCUCUGCGCCGUUAUCGAUCCCAUUCGCGACUAUCGUUGGCAUGCGCUGCGCUGCGGCGGCCCCGAGACCGCCUCGUUCCUGUGCGAAAUGCCAGUGCCCAGCUGGGCGGAUGCCUGCAUCCUGAAGGAGAUGCCCAACCUGACCAUGCAGUACAUGGCGGACACGGCCAGCAUUGAGCUGAUUAGGAACUGCCAGGAGGAGGGUCUGCUGCGGCACAGCUGCAAGGGCAAAGAGGAUCGAGAGCGGGCCGUACGCGAGCUGAUCUGCCCGAAGGAGCGGCUGGAGGCGCAACGCAUCAAUGACAUCACGAACUCGCACUUCAAAUCGCUGCAGAUCAUCAAGAGCAUUCGCACCGACAACAACGAGAACAACGACAUCGACCUGUUGCCCCUGGUGGCCAACUAUGCUGCCAGCGUCAUGAAGAUCGAGGUGGCCACGGCCGCACCGCCGCCACCGCCGCCGCCGUUGGCGCCAGUCGAACGCUUCAGCCUGGACAGGCUGAUAAUGCCGGUGGCCCGUUAUCACAUCCCGGACGAGGUGCCCAUGCCCGUCAAGAAGUCCGCCAAGAAGGUGAACCCAAACGAUGAGCACGCCAAGAAGCUGCUGGCACAUCAUCAGACCCAGAUGCGCAAGGCCUCGACCACAACCAAGCCCACAAAGACGACUACGACCACGAUAUCGCAUCUGGACAUGAUGAUGGGCGAUCAGCCGGCGCUGAGUGAAGAGCAGCUGCCGGAGGAUGUCAGCGAUAGCGAUGUGUCCAACGAGAUAUUCCAGGCGUUGCCGCACAAGAAGAAAAUAUUGCCGCAGGACCUGAGGACAAUGCCGACCAUAACUGAGGCAACAACAACAGCAGCAGCAGCCACAACAACAGCAACAGCAGCAACUGAGGCAGCAAUAAGGGCCAAGGAGUCGACCAUGGCAGCAGCAACAACAACAACAACAGCAGCUCCAGCGACAACCACAACAGCAGCAACAACAACAACAACAACAACAUCCACAACAACAUCCACAACAGUAGCAGCAACACCCAUGGCAGCAACAACAACUUUGCCGACAUCAACAGCAGCACCCACAACAACAACUACAACAGAAGCAGCAGCAACAGCGCCACCAACAACAACAACAACAACAACAAGAACAACAACAACAUCGGCGCCAUCAACAACCGAAAGCAACAUUAUGAUAACAACAACUGCAGCAGCAACAGCAACUCCGGCCUCCCCAGCCGUAGCAACGGAUGUGACAAUGGAAACGGAAACAGAUACAACAGUUGUUGCCGCCACCGGCAACACUUCCAAUACCUACGGCACCAGCACCAGCAGCAGCACUACGAGCACCAGCAGCAGCAUCACGAGCACCAGCAGCAGCAACAUCCCAACCCCAACGACAACAGGAAUGCCAUUGGGAACGUCAACGACAGUGGUUAGCAUUGCACAUCCCAUACAUCCGGUGCAGCAAAGUCGCGAUGAGACUGCCCAUCCACAUGUCAAAGAGACGGCGGACAAUUCGCACUUCAUACCGCCAAUGUUGCUGGUCAAAUCGCACUAUGUGCCGCCGUCCAAGCAUGGCGAGCACGGCGAGCACAAGUCCGAGCAUCUUGCUGCCAAUACGCUGGCAACAACAACAGCUCCGACAAGCCAUCAAAAUGUUGCUGGCGUGACAGCAGCAACAGCAGCAGCAACAGACGAAGUAGAGACGGCAGCAGCAGCAACUAAAAUGACCCAAACUUUUACAACAAUCAAGACAACAACAACACCAGAAGCAGCAGCAGCAGCAGCACUCACAACAACAACAAUGACCGCCGGAAAAGUGCCUACUACCGAGGCACCAACAACCGCCACAAAAGAGACAACAGCUAAUGAAAACAGCUCGAAUCCACCAGCAACAGCAGCAGCAGCAACAUCUGCUGCUGGCGAAAUGAAGGGCGCCACAAAGUUGCACUUGGAUAGCGAGAGCGAGACCGGGGAUGGGGAUGGGGAUGGGGUUGGUGGUGAGGAUGAGCUGGAGUUAACGAGCGCCACAACACGACGCAACUUCCUGCAGGAGGAAACUGAGGCGCCAUUCAAGCCAAAUCGACACCGUUCGCUAACAAAGCCGGAAACCGUCAGCUAUUUCAAGAAGAUCUUGGGCUAAGAGCAGCAGCAGCACCAGCAGCGACUGCAACUGUAACUGAGGCGACUUUGCAGUUAACACAUAUUUCCGACUCAUCCACACCCAUCAACAGCCCCCCAUCCCCCGUGACCCAUGCAAUCUAAUUGGUGUGCAACAAAAAAAAAUAUCAAAAAUCAUAGCUGCAUUGCCAGCAAAUUGAAUCAGCUCAUGUCGUUGCCUGAUUCCAGCCACCAACAACAACAACAACAACAGCAGCAGCAGCAACAACAACAACAACAAAAAUAUCCACAUUCUGGCCAAAGUUUGUAAAACUUGGCUAUGUCCGCCCCCGCACGGCUCCACACCGGAAACUUAAGCUGUUAGUCAACGCCAAGCGGAAACGCAAAGCAGCCAAAAGAAAACUCAAGCAUAGUAGGAGAGCAAGAAAGAGAGAGAGAGAGAUAGAUAGAGAGAGAGCGAGGGAGAGAGGGCGAGUGGCAGCAGCAGGUUCCAGUUGGGAGCACCAAAUAUGUCAAUUCUUUGCAGCACAAACCACAAAGUAAUACACCACCAAUACACACACACACACACACAGGCACACACAGGCACACAGUGACAAAUUUAGGCACCAGCAAAGUCUGUCGAAGUUAAAGGCAGUAAGAGAAAUAAAAAUAAAUAAAAUAAAAAAAAGAAAAGAAAAUGAAAAUGAAAACAAUUCGAGGAGCAGAGGGAAAGGUGGUUGCAUACCAAAGGCCAAAUCUUAAGUAUGAUAAAUACUAUUAUAAAUGUUUACAGAGCUAUUCGUAAUAUACACAUAAGAUACACAACCAUUGCGAGCGUCUGUUUCGCCAAAUUUCGUUUACUCUAGCCCAAAAUAAGAACACAAAGCCGGCAAAAACAAAAAAACAAAAAGUAACGCACCAACUACGUAAUACUCCAAUAAAAGCUCAAAAUAGGCCAUACAUUUAUUAGAUGAUAUCGAUUUUCGCGAAUAUUAAUGUUUGUAGCACUUCAAGCUCUGAAACUGUGCAAAAUAUCGAUGCAGCGAUAUAUAUCGAUCUUAUAUCAAUAAAUAUAUCG